AUGGGAGGUUGCCACCACCAUCUCCGUUGCCAGCCCGCGCAACUUCUCGCCCGCCGCCCACCUCAGUCGGGCUUUUCGUGCCACUUGAGCGUGGAACAUGUGCUGCUGCGUGGCGUCAUUGAAAGUUGUCGGAUGCAUUUAUACGCAUCUAUCAUCAUCUAUCUGCAGUGCAAGGCACAGGCCAUGCAGGUGGAUGACAGCAUCGAUGGGACUGAGAGCCGGCCCAACGAGGCCUGUGCGAAUUCUUUCGAGCAUAUAGUACUAUCGCAUCAUAUCGCAUCACAUAUGCUGCUUCGCAGUGCUUUCGGCAGGCAUCGGCGGGCGCAUCUUCCGCGAGAGCACCGGCGGCGCUGCGCCUCGCCACGCAGUUGGGCAAUCACGGGCUCGCGCACGCUCGGGCGGCAUCGUUGCCAUUGCAAUUCUCUGGCCAGGCCGGUGCUUCUUGGUCGCCUCAACAAGGACGAAGAGGUGUGCAGAGCUUCCGACAGCAGCAGCAUCGGCAGCUUUCAAGCGCCCUGGCGUUGCAGUCCGCGCACAGGCACAGCUGCUGCAGAUGCGUGUCCAGGCAGUGAGAGUUGCGCGGUCCUCAGCCUCGAGCCUCCAGAUUCUCCAGGUUCUCGAGCGCCAAGAGGGGUGGGGAAGCGCAAUCCCGAAACCGGCUCGACUCCAAAACUCUGA